GGCGUCGGAGAAGACUGGCGGUCCCCACAAAAACUAGCGAAGCAUCAAAUGAACGAUCCAUCAAAAUCAGUCUGCUUUGUUUUGCCCUUAAAAACCCACAAAAGUGACCUCUCCUGUAAACAGUAUCAUUAAGGCUUUAAACGCCGUCUCCAUAUAUAUAAACCCAUCUCCCACUUUUCUUACCCUCUCUACUCUCUUUCUGAACUCUGACCCAUCCAUUGCUUGCAAAGUUUGUUUGCUUGUGACAUUGACAAACACUAUUGAGAGUAAGAAACCUGUAACUCUCAUUACAUUCACUACUUCAUACUCUCUCCCUUCAGCUCACAACAAGUUUCAAAGUUUCUACUAAAACAAUGGAGUUGCAGUGCACAAUAUUAUAUUACUGUGCUUCAUUGAUUCUUUCAAUUUCAGGUUUUAUGUUUCCUGUAAUGGUGGAUUCAAUUGGGAUCAAUUAUGGCCAGAUAGCCAACAAUCUUCCCUCACCGGAUAAUGUAGUGCCUCUGGUUAAAUCAAUUGGUGCCACUAAAGUAAAGCUCUAUGAUGCAGAUCCAAGGGUGCUUCGAGCAUUUGCCAAUACUGGAGUGGAAUUCAUCGUAGGACUUGGAAACGAGUAUUUAUCAAAGAUGAGAGAUCCUGAUAAAGCUCAAGCCUGGGUCAAAUCCAAUGUUCAAGCCUACUUACCAGCAACCAAGAUUACCUGCAUAACAGCAGGCAACGAAGUGUUAACUUUCAACGACACCUCUCUCAGCGAUGACCUCCUUCCUGCAAUGCAAAGUGUCCACACUGCGCUUGUGAAUCUUGGACUAGACAAGCAGGUGAGUGUGACCACGGCUCACUCUCUAGCCAUUCUCGAGACCUCUUAUCCUCCAUCGGCCGGAGCUUUCCGGCGAGAUCUGGUCGGUUGUGUGACUCCUAUCUUAAAUUUCCACGCGAAAACUGGCUCUCCUUUCUUGAUCAACGCUUACCCUUACUUCGCAUACAAGGGGAAUCCGAAGCAAGUGAGUUUAGAUUUCGUUCUUUUCCAGCCCAACCAAGGCAUUGUAGAUCCAGCCUCGAAUCUCCACUACGAUAACAUGCUGUUCGCUCAGAUCGACGCCGUUUACUCUGCUUUAUCAUCCUUAGGUUACAAGAAGCUACCGAUUCACAUAUCGGAAACCGGCUGGCCAUCCAAGGGAGACGCGGAGGAGGCAGGGGCUACGCCGGACAAUGCGAAGAAGUACAAUGGGAACCUGAUUAAGCUAAUUGGUCAAAAGAAGGGGACUCCAAUGAGGCCAAACACGGACUUGAACAUCUAUGUGUUCGCUUUAUUUAACGAGAACAUGAAGCCUGGACCUACAUCUGAGAGGAACUACGGUCUAUUUAAGCCCGACGGAACGCCGGCGUAUUCACUGGGAAUCUCCUCAACCGACGCCGUGAGUGCUAACACAAGUUCAAGCGGAGGCAGCGUCAGUGCCGGAACUCCACCGACGGUGCCAGAGAGCUCUUCCACUGGUUACUUGUCUAUUUCUAGUGCAACGGGAACACAUAAGACUGUCAUUGGCCAUCUGUUUUUUCCGUUGGCAUUGUUGAUGAUCUGCUGGGCCUUCAGAUUUCCGUUUUGAACAGUACCUUUGCAACGGCUUCAUCGAAAGGGAAUCAGUCGGUAAAGCCAGAGGGCGAUGGGGAGAGGGAAAUCUAGAGUGAACAGGAAGCGGUUAUAGGGAAAGGUGAACUUCUGUUCCUUUACUUGUACGCUACAAAGUGCAAAGCAUCUAUCUUUUGCUUAGUUGACUCGUAACUGCCUGCCAGAAAGUGCCACCUUUGGUGGGCACAAAUUCGUAAUGACCUUUAAAUCUCCCUAAUUGGGCCCUUUGCUACCCACUUUUGUUGAUAAUUGAUGUCUUUGAUUUGUUUGAUUAAAAAAUUUAGAGCAAUUAUCGUCGGCUUUUGCACUUUUUAGUUGGCAAUAAACUGUCAACUUUUUUUCUUUUCACUUUGUCCUUUGCAGCGUAUUCAUUGUGUAACAAAUUUUAAAUUAUAUUAUCUUUGUUGAGGGGGGUCGUCUAGAUCAGCUACACGGAUUAUUCGCACUUA